CAUUCGCAGACAAUGAGGUUAAAAUAUUGAUAUAUAACUUACUUUUUUUGUUCUUUAACCAACUGAUUUACUUCACUCUUCCCAAAGGUGAAUGGAGUUGAAAGGAUGUAUGGUUGUGACAAUAUUAUCUCUUCUUGAAGUAUGAGGCGAAUUAGUCAUGUUGGGCUUGGGGGCAAAUCAAGAAUCUGUAGAACAUCCACUUUUAUUCUUAGUAAGUGAUGAUGAUCGAGUGACCUUUUGUAUGUCAAGUUUUGUGCGUCCUAAUCAAAAGUGAGCUUCUCCUUUUCCACCUAAUGGGAUGACGCAUUCUAUCUUUUUGCUUUUCAAUUAUGUGCACUCUUUUAAAGUAGAGUACUUCUUUCCUGUGACAGGAGGGUAAAAAAUUUUUUUAAAGCUGUACAAGCUUGUCCCUAACAAAAGGAAUGCCUGAAGCAUGAGCAAGUAGCAAAAUGCUCAAAGGAGGAGGAGCUUGUUGAACAAUGAUAGGAGAACUAGAUGGUCGUAGAGCUUUCAUUAUUCCAAGGUCUUUUAAUAUUUCUGAUGGGAACUUCCUGGAGCUGCAAUUACUUCAGCACAGUAGGAGAAGCUUUGUCUCUCUGGGAACUAUGGAGAGGCCUUCCAGCAGCAUAUCCCGUGUCAGUGGAGAUCAUCAUGUAGGCCUUCUGUGCCACUACCUUCUUCAAAACGGCUCAUCCCAAUUUGUUCUCCUUGAUGUAUACGAGGGAUGUUAUGUAAGUGUUGAUCGAAACCAUGGGUUCCACACAGAAACAAAUGCCCAUGUAUUUGCUUCCUGCAAUGGCCUGCUUCUGCUCACCCUUCCAUCAGCAAACCCCUUAUCUUUCCUUAUUUAUGAUCUGUUUGCCAAGCGGUGGAUAGCACUUCCACAGCCUCAGAUCACAAGGAGAAGCAUCAGUACAGCCUUCGCUUUUGAUGGCCAACACUACCAAGUUGUGCGGGUCUUUCGAGUUGAAGCUAUAUCAGUUACUGCGAACUCCCCUUCAGCAUCUUCAGAAGAGGAUGAUUGGCUAGAAAUGGAAAUUUUCUCAUCUGAAACAGGUAUGUGGAGUCCCUAUUGUCCCUUAAUCCGUCUACCACCUGAGCUUCCAAAACCCGGCACAACACCUCUCUUCGCGAACGGAGCUAUAUACUGGGAAGUCGGCGGGUACUUGCUUAUGUGCAUUCUCAGUCAGCACCACUGUAAGCUCAUUAGGCUUCCGAACCAUUCUCAGAAUUGGACGUGGCACACGAUGACCUUUGGACAGUGCUUGUGGGAAUCCGAAGGUUUGGUACACUACUGUUACUCUAAUUUCGAAGGAAUCCACGCUUGGGCUCUUCUCAGUGGACAAGAUCAUGGCAACUAUCCUGGUUACUCCACCUGCGAUAUCACUAGUUUCGAGUGGAAACUAGUCCACACCGUCAAACAUGAAACCUUAAUCGCCCGCAACCCAGAUGUUUUCAGGAGACUUGAACAACUCGUUCACACUGUCCAACCGGAAGCCUCAUUCUCAUGCAGGCCAGAUGUUUUCACAAAACUUGAACAGAACAGGUAUUGCUUUUCGUUGUCGAACUGGAAGCCGUACUCUAUUUCUCCUUGCGGGUAUAGCUCAGUUCUGAAGGUCAUCUACCUGAGGCUUCCCGGUGUUAUCCUUUCUUACGACCUGAGUACCCAAAUCUUAAGUGAGAUCUGCACGUUCGAUUGCCCGAACUUGGGCUUCUACUGCUGCUCGGUUUUCGCGGUCGAUUUUCUCCCGGGAGAGUCUAGGACGGAAUGCGCCGGAUCAUCCAGGGGAAAGAAGGAGCUCGUGCACCUGCCAUUAGCAGACUUGAUUACAAAAGCAAAGUGAUGAGAUUGGUCAGUGAAAUGAUAACUGGAGAUCAGGCUUUUCUCUUUAUUAGCCAAGUACUCGUUUUGCUUGUUCUUCGAGAUGAAUUGCAGGAUGUUUUGUUAUUGUUCAUUGUUGGUAUUUGCCUUCUUCACCUCCUGGUUCAGGGGGGGGUUUGGGCCUUCUUGACCUCUGUUUUCGCUUCUACCUCUCGGCUUCUGGCCUGCUAUCCAAGAUCCUAAACUGCUAUCUGGCAUCGAAAGCCAGUUCAUAGUUAACCCUGUAAAGGCCAAAAAC